AUGGUACGAGCAGCUUCCAUUGUUGACUUCUUCCUUCUUGCUGACUUGGGAUUUCGAAUCCAAUAUUAUACUAAACUGGCACAAGUUGGUCUGUGUACUUCAUGCCAUUGUCAAAUGGGAAUGAAGAAAACUCUUUUUAUCACAUUGGCCGAGCUCCAAAAGGCCAGAGGAGUAACUGGGCUAUGCACCAGUACCAACUUGCUGAUUUGGAGUUGCGAAAAGCUGGAAUUAAUUAGAAUUAGUUUGGAUGAUGAAUGCCCAAGGUGUGAUAUGGUUUCUGGGGAUGUAGGAAAAAGUAUUGAUAUUCCUUUGGAGAUAAGCAAUUUGAUUAAUUUCCAACGGUGUGAAUUUCGUUUUUCCAAGCUUUCUUUAAAGGUGGUGCAAAUAGUUGUUUAG